AUGGAUCAACUUAAGCUGUACUUAUAUUCCCAAAAAUAUGAUAUUAUUACCUUGAAUGAAACUAUGCUAGACAAUACUGUAGCAGACCAUGAAAUAGAUAUAAAUGGGUAUGAUAUUAUACGAGAGGACAGAAAUAGGCAUGGUGGGGGAGUAGCAAUGUAUGUAAGAAGUUCAAUAGACUAUAAAGUUAGGUAUGAUUUAAUGACGGACAAUCUAGAGACGAUCACAGUUGAAAUUUGUAAACCAAAGGCAAAACCUUUCCUAAUAAACACAUGGUAUAGACCACCAAAUACAUCUCUUGAACUCUUCAAUAGUUACGAAGAACUUGUGAAAAACAUGGAUUCAGAGGGUAACGAAAUAAUACUUAUUGGUGAUUUUAACUGUGAUUGGUCUCUGGAGAAGGAUAAAUUGAACUCGCAAACAAAUAAAUUAGUUGAUCUUGCAAAUCUAUUUCAACUCGAACAGUUCAUUAAGCAACCCACGCGAAUAACACAAACGACCAGGACCAUUAUUGAUUUAGCUUUUAGCAAUAGACCGGAAAUAGUAAUUGCAUCAGGAGUUGAGCAUUUAGGAAUUACUGAUCAUAGCUUAAUUUAUAUAUGCCGGAAAAUUUCAAUUCCUCGUAAGGAGCCAAAACUCAUAAGUACACGGCAAUUCAAAAAUUAUAGCAAAGAUGCAUUUUGUUAUGACCUACAUAAGAUAUUUCAAACGCAAUCAAGCCAAUCUCCUGAUCCUAAUUCACUAUGGCAGGAAUGGAAAACAAAGUUUCUAUUAAUUUCUGAUAUGCAUGCGCCUCAAAUGACUCGCAAAGUAAGAAGUGAGUAUGCGCCCUGGAUUACAGAAAAUAUUAAGAGACAUAUCUACCACAGGGAUUUUCUUAAGAAAAAAGCGGUCAAAACUGGAUCUUCCAAUUUACAUGAUGCUUACAAAAGAGCUCGAAAUGAUUUAAAUAGAUUGAUUGAAAAGACUAAAACCGAAUAUUUUACGAGCAUAAUUAAUAAUACUGCUAAAAAUCCAAAAGAAAUGUGGAAGACAAUUAAUAAAAUUACAAACAAAAAGUCCAAGACAACAAAUAUAACUAAGAUCGUUGUUGAUGAUAAAGUGAUUGAGGAGCCAGAAGUUAUUGUAAAUACAUUUAACAACUUUUUCAAUGAAAUUGGAACAACUCUGGCUCAAAAAUUACCAGAAAGUACAAGGACACCCGAGUCAUAUAUUAAACCUGAGAAUGACUCUACAUUCGAAUUACAGAAUGUAACGGAGGUCGAGGUUUUUGGUAUAGUUUCAGCAUUAUCCUCAUCCAAAGCUACGGGCUAUGAUAGAAUAUCACCUAAACUUUUGAAAGACUCGGCCGGUGUGAUAACCUCUAGCUUAAAUCAAAUAUUUAACCAAUCGCUGUUGACUGGUGUUUUUCCAGACGACUUUAAGGUCGCAAUUAUAUCACCAAUCUUUAAAUCAGAAAGCAAAUUAGAGUGCAAUAACUAUAGGCCAAUUUCAGUACUUUCAGUUGUUGCUAAAGUUUUUGAAAAACUUAUAUCAAACCAAUUAUCAACAUUUCUGGAAACAAGAGGCAUACUCACACAACAACAGGCAGGUUUUAGGAAGAAAAACUCAACAGAAACAUCGCUUUUAAAUUCUACUAACAAGUGGUUUAUUAACAUGGACAAAGGAUAUUUAAAUGGAGUUAUUUUCCUAGACCUUAAAAAAGCUUUCGAUUGUGUAAAUCAUGAUAUUCUAAUUAGAAAACUAAAGUUGUAUGGGUGCAGUGAAAAUACUCUUUGCUGGUUUAAAUCGUACUUAACAAAUCGACGUCAGAUGUGCAAAAUUGGUCGUACUAUAUCUCAGGAACGUGUUAUUCGCUGUGGUGUACCACAAGGCUCUACUUUGGGGCCGUUAUUAUUUUUACUUUACGUAAAUGACCUCUCAAGUUGCCUAUCUCAUUCAAUAGCUAGUAUGUUCGCUGACGAUACAAAUUUAACAACAUCUGCAUGGGAAGUCCAUAGAAGAUAUACAAAACCAGUUAAAUUCUGA